UUUUGCUGGACCGGGUCAGUUGUUGCUGUUGUUCACCCUCUCAUAAUCUCCCCAAUCGACCCCCUUUCAUCAGUCAUCACAACUUCUAGAUCUCCAUAAAGACUCGUUAGAGUAUCCUUUAUCCACACAUCUGUUUAUUAUUGUGGAAUUUUAAUCCGAACACCUGUAAUUUGGAAGCAUUUUAGACCCGAACUUUCCGAAAGAGAAUCAUAAAGGAACACAGCUGUACUGUUUACAAUACACCGGUGCAGAGUGCAUAGAAAACAACGCAUCACAACACAAUGCCGAGGGGUGGCUUGCAAACUUCACGAAGAGGUAACUCCACUAGUAACGCAAUCCUUCCCCAGCACCAUCGGCCCCGAAUUCUCAUCACCAAUCCAGCAAACCAGCAACAGCAACAACUCGAGGAAAAUCUGACAUUUUCAAGUCCGACUUUCGGUUCUGAAAUCACGAACCCGUACCUGGACGACUCGAACUGGGCGGAGGGUUUUGAGGAGCUGUUGGACGUCGUGGAUUGUACUCCGGAUUUGACGACGAAAGGUUCUCGACCAGCUCUCGGCAGGCCACUGGCCAAGAGGAAGUUGGAUCUAGACUUGUCUUCCAGUCCAGGUCUUAUUAAUGUUAGUUCUUUCAAAGCACCGAGUCCAAGGGUUACAAAGAAACGUGUGACCAAGCAAAGUCCCAAAAGUAUGCCUAGAGUUGUUAAGUCACCAUUAGAAAAGUCCCGCUACGACACAUCGCUAGGUCUCCUAACCAAACGCUUUGUGGGUCUUCUAAGAGGCGCACGAGACGGGGUACUAGACCUGAACCAAGCAGCUGAGGUCCUGGAAGUGCAAAAGCGUCGCAUCUAUGACAUCACUAACGUCCUCGAAGGCAUCAAGUUAAUCACAAAGAAAUCAAAAAAUAAUAUCCAAUGGAAAGGUACAACCAACUCAGUAGCAGCCAAGCAGCACCAGUUCAGUCAGCAGGACCCCACUGCCCCAAUUACAGCAGCUUCAGUCAAUCUACAUUCAGAUAUUGCAGACCUAGACAUGAGGGAUAGGAAACUAGAUGAUCUCAUCCACAGUGCAACAGUACAAUUAAAAAUGCUCACAGAGGAUCCAGAGAAUGCAAGAUAUGCCUAUGUAACAUACCACGAUAUCAGGAGUAUCGACAGCUUUGAAGACCAAACAGUAAUAGCCAUAAAAGCCCCGCCAGAGACCAGACUAGAAGUCCCAGAUCCAAGAGAGAGCAUCCAGAUCUGGUUAAAGAGUACCAGAGGACAGAUAGAAGUAUAUUUAUGCCCCGAGGAAUGCAGUAAAGAUGACAACUCAUCAGAUACCAGUGGGUCGCCAUGCAGUAGUAAAGGAGAUCCAGCGUUAAAGUCUUCCACUCUUGAUGAGGAUGACAUCUCACCACUCAACAAGAGCUUCCUGAUGGAGACCGAGGACCAGAACAGCACCGAUGACUUCGAUGACUUUGUUCCGCUAUCCCCGCCAGCCGUAGACGACUAUUUAUUUGCACUCGGAGACAACGAAGGCAUUUCUGAUCUAUUUGAUGCAUAUGAUUUGUUUUAAGAUGUUCAAGGGCCAUGCCACAAGAGGCAAUUUACAGGCAACCAGUUUCAGGCAACCUCCAAGAAGAUGAGAUAAACAAAUAUCCAUUUCAACAUAACUUUCUUCAGGGCUGUAAGAAUAACAGUUGUUACUGUAAUUGUUUGUAGAAUAACCCCUGUGCUACCAAAGUGGUCCUGUAGCAUGCACUGCAUUUGGUUGCCUGUAAAAGUUGCCUCGUGUGACAAGGCCUUAACAAUUUGUUUUUUUAGCAUCCGUGAGAAUUAGUCCUUAAGACUUCAGAGUGCUUGAAAUCUGCUGUCAAUCAAUUUUGAAUUCAUGCACACCAGAAGUUCCACAAUAAUCAAUCAAUUGUUAAAUUAAUAAGGUGCCAAUCCAACAGUCGUUGCUCAUAGCGCCGAUAAGCUUUAUUAUAAUUUCAAGUUACUCGUUGGAUCAGUACAGUUUUUAAUGUAAUAAUAAUACAUGUACAGGGAAUUUAGAUGGCACUCUACAAAGUAGACUGCGCCUGUGCGGCUCAACACAUGUGUGCAAUUCGAUUGUUUGACAUUAUGGCGAUGGUGGCCUUUACAUACAAGGCAUCUGGGCCUAAUUUCAUAAAGCUGUUAAGCAGAAAAUACUGCUUAGCAAAUUUCUUUGCUAAAGCAAGAAAUGAGUGGGGUACCAGUUGCAACAUUGUAAAGUUUCUAGAGUUUUGGACGGUAACCAGUUUCUGUUUUAAGAAAUAUUUUUCUGUGCUAAGCAAGAUUGUAUACUUUCAGGCUUUAUGAAAUUGGGUUCUGUUCACUUUCUCUUGAGUGAAUAUUGACUUUUAUCGUUGGGCGUCCAUCUUGUACUUCUCCCAUUUUAAAUGAGUAUAACCAAACUGAGGCCGUAAGGGCACAUAGUCUGGUGCAUAUUUGGUAGAGAUUUGAAUUGGUAUGAAAAAUUAUAGAGGCGCUGAAUGGCGCAAGAUGGGGAACUAGAGCUCUUUCCAUAUGUGAAAUAGGCAUGGGCGACAUUUCAGCAAGCAAUAUGUUAUAUCUUUGAUAGCAGUGGUCGUUGUCUGCAUUGAUAUAUUGUUGCAUGAACAGAGUUGCUCCCUGAAAUGGCCUCUAAAAUGGCUCUCCAUCUUGCGCCUUUGGUGCUCUAAAAUAUUUGAUCAGUAAUUCAGUAUGCAUUAGGACCAGUCACAACUGUGGGUGCGUUCAAUUAGCGUCCCCGAGUGGACCCGAUCUGCCCCUGGUACGUUCGAAUAGCUGCGAUGUCAUUCCAGGGGCUCCACCCGGGUACAAUAAUAAAUAGGGAAAAUAGAUUGGAUAAUGUUUUAAUAAUGUGCAAAGUUCAACUUUGAAUAUGCUUUCUAGUUGUAUACUAUUUGGUUUGGUCUCUUUAUAAAAUGAAAUAUUACUGUGCUUGAUAUAGGGGGGGGGGGUAGAGGGUACCCCC